UCCCUCUGAUAAUUGUCAAUACGUAAGAGUAACAGAAUGAAACACUUAGUUUUGGUGUUGGCGUUUGCAGUAGGGUGUACAAUAUUGCAAAAUGUGCAGGCCAAACAAUUUACCGAAUGUGAAUUAGCCCGGCUACUGCAUCGGACCUACGGUUUCGAUAGAUCUAAAACGAAUAAUUUUGUCUGUCUGGCUGCCGCUGAAAGUUCUUUGAACACGUCCAAAACGCAUAAAAACCGAAAUGGUUCAACCGAUUACGGUUUGUUUCAAAUCAACAACAUGUACUGGUGCACCACUCCUGGAUACGUUUCGCGUAGUGACGAUUGCAGAACUGCUUGUUCCGAAUUUCUUAAGAAUGAUAUUUCGAAAGCGGUAGCCUGUGCCAAAAAAGUACUUGCUCGACAUGGGUAUACGGCUUGGGAAGGUUGGAAGGCCAAGUGUCGCAGUGGAGUGAAAGAUCUGUCAUCAUGCAUGUAAAUACACGAAACCUUGGCGUACAAUUUUGGAGAAAAAGAAUAUGACAUGUGAUUCGAUGAAACUAAAUCGAUUGAAAUAAAUCUUCUGCAAUUAUAAAAAA